AUGGAAGGACUAUCCAGCAUUUGCGGUGGCCUCGGAAUCAUCGUAGAGGAUGACGACGGCAAUCCCAUUGGCUACUCGAAGGGGGAAUACUGCUUGGAUAAUUUGAAGGACUUGUUGAGGUUUAUGAGGAGAGAUGAUCCAGAGAAGCGAGAGGUGUUUAAGCAAGUUUGCAAAUGGAAUGUCGCUGGGAAAGAUUUGAUACCCAUCAUUGAACAUUGCCAAGAGGAUAGUAAUUUGGUGCUAAAUGCAGUGAAAAUUUUGGUUUUUUUAACUAUGCCCAUUGAGCCUGCAUCUCAUGAUAUACCGCAGCAGAUAGAGUAUCUUUGGGGAUUGAAGGCUGCUGUGACACUCAGUAAUGCCGUCCCGGUGAUAGUUGCUCUCUUGGAAACUCCUCUAGAAAAUUUGGAGAAUGAAUCAUUCACAGAAGAUGACUGGAAAUUGGUCCAAUUGGUGCUUACUUUUUUUCGAAACACACUAGCGAUUCAAGAUAUAUCUUCUCAGCAGAAAGUUGGGGGAUCUGCUACUCAAUUCUUAUCCCUUCGAGAUAGGUUUCUAAAACUGUUGUUCCAGGAGAAUGUGAUGGACUUGAUCUUAGUUUUAUCGCAGCAUGCUGGAGGUCCUCAUGGCUAUCUCCGUCAAGAUAAUCUGCUUUUAUUGGAGACUUUCUUUUACAUAUUUAAGGGCCAAGAGCCAGAGUUAAUUGCUAACACAUAUUUAAAGGGCCCAAAGGUGGAUGGAGAUGCUGAAACUUCUGUUGAUGGCCUCCGUUAUAUUAUGGAAGAGGAACGAGAAAAACGAAAGCUCACCAGAUUAUGCAAUCUAAAUUGUUACUCACAGUUUAGUGGAACAUUUACCCGACUCACCUUGGAUGGUUCUAAAGCAUUAUUCAAAGGAAAUCCCUGUUCUUCUGCUAAUGCUUUGCUCAAAGCUAACAAAAAUCCCAGAGGUCCGUCAAAAAGAACAAUGUGGGACCAUGGCGAACUACCGGCAACAAACAAUGAAAUUCUAAAAUUGCUCUAUGAUUUUAUUAUCCAGUUUUUAACAGGGGGAUACAAUGUUUUGAUGCAGUCAGUGCGCGAGGAUAUUGACAAAGAUCAUCAAGAAAUUGAAAAUGGCGAUGUCAUCAUUUUCUUUCAAGUUGCUCGAUUUGUCACCUCUUUUCAAUAUCACAAGUUCUUAAUUUUGAUGCCUAGCAUUGAUUUUGACAAUGAAGCGUCGGUAACUCCUCGUGAUGGGAGCUCUUUGUUCAAAGGCAAUAUAUGUGGACCAAUUGCUGAAACGCUUAACGAGUCAAUGUUCCAACUAGUCAUUUCGAAAUGGCGUUACGCAUAUGAUGGUUUGAAGGUGACUAACGACUAUAAACUUCUUUCAGCAGCGGGAUCGCUUAUGAAAACUCUGAUACGUAUGCUGGAUUUAGUUCUCAAGCAGUCCCCAGAAGACGCUCAGGAGUUUCAGAUAGCUCGCAUCCUUCUAUACAAGUUAUUCUAUGAUCAAACCGAAGAAGGGAUGACUCAAUUUCUUUUGAACCUGAUCAAAUCAUUUGAUACUCAUAAGCAGUCCAAAAGUGAUCUUGCCAACUUGGUGGAAACUAUACAUGUAGUUCUACGACUCAUGGAGAACCUUCAAGCACGUGGCACAUUAAGGGUUUCCAAAAAGUCGAGGAAGAGAAGAAUGAAGACAGCUAUGAACAGCAAGAAUGAUAAUGCUAAUGAACCAAGUGUAGAUAAUUCUACUGCUCAGAAUGAGGUUGGUGGCUCAACUUGUGAAGAAUCUGUGGAUGCAAAUGUGCCAAGUAGGGAAAAGUUGAUAAACCAUGAUUGUGACGGAGAGGAAGAUACCAGAAACCCUGUUCAGGUUGCUGAACCUGUAAUAUCGGAGUCAAAACAGUUGAAUCUUGGAAGCAAUGAAUCAGAGAUGGAAGGAACAAAUAGGAAUGAUACUAAUGACGAUCUUUAUCUUGGAACCGAUGAUUCUUCUGGUGAUGAGCAGCCAGCAUUGAUAGAUGAAGUUGAUUUUAAGGUAUCUUCUUUGGUUUCCGCUUUUGCAAACAAUACCAUCAUCCGGAAUCUGUGUUGGCUGCUGAAGUUCUAUAAAAGCAAUUCCAUCAGCACAAAUCAUUAUAUUAUAAGCAUUCUUAGGAGGAUCUGCGAUGAUUUGGAACUUUCUCCAAUGCUAUACCAGUUAUCAUUCCUGACAAUAUUCUACGAUAUCCUGGAUGAGCAGAAGUCAAAACCAGUCAAAGAAUAUGAGAAUGUUGUUACCUUCUUGACAACUUUGAUUAGGAGAAUGCUAAGGAAAAUGAAAAGUUAUCCCUUUCUUUUCGUAGAAGUUCUGUUUUGGAAGACACGAAAAGAAUGCCAGUACAUCAACUGUGGAACUAUGCUAAAUGAGCUUAGUGGUUUGAGGAAUGAAAAUGGAAAGGGCAGAAAUGUUGCUUCAAAUGGAGAAAGUGGUUUCUUUGAAGGACAAAGAUGGGUGCGCAGAAGCAUAGCUGAUGCUCUAGGUGACGAUGAUUUUGUGAUACCAAGCCAUGAUGGCAAAGUGGACGAGGAUCCUUAUGAAGCCAAAUUACAGAAGGCCACGAGUUUGGGAGAAGGAAAGGAACGCACCAAACCAACUGUCGAUAAAGGGAUUCAUGGGAGGCAAAAUCUUGAUGGGGUGGAGAACUCUGGUGACAAAGAGCCUGAAAGGCUGUCCAAAAGACGAAAGCCCCUGGUUCUAAAUAAUGAACUAGAGGGGAAAAUUAAGGAUCUCUAUGAGAAAUAUAAGGAUCAUGAACACUGUUGUCAUCUCAUUGCUCAAGAGCUCGACCCAAAUGGAGCAAUUUCACAAAUUCAGGUUUCCAAAACACUUAAACAGCUUGGAAUUAAAGUCCCACCUAAGAAAAAGAUGCAACACUCUGGUGCCUCUGAUCAACUUAGGGAUAAUGAUAGUGAUCUUCAAAAGGAUGCAACUCAACCUAAUUUAACCGUUUUAGAAGAAGGUUUAUCUUCGAGAAAGCCUCUGCACUCUAGAAAAAGGGUACGUGCAUUUAGUGAAGAUCAAGAGCAGAAGAUUAAAGAUUUGUUUGAGCAGUUCAAAGAUCAAAAGAGGUCCAGCUACUUGAUUGCUAGUGCACUGGACUCAACAGGCACAAUCUCUGCAGCUAAGGUUUCUCGCAAACUCAAGCAGCUUGGUCUCAUUGUACCCAAGAGAAAAAAGUCCGAUACCAACUUACAUUUGAGGGAGGAAGGUUACAUUUCUUCAGAAGGUGCAGGCAGUUCUGAUGAUGAAACAUUAUUUUCACUGAGAAGGGGCAAACAUCAAGGAAUUAAUUAUGAUGAGAGGCAAAACCAGAAGAUUGCAAGUAUAUCAUCAGAAAAUGUCCCUGAUGAUGAAUUGCUUAGCUCAAUGUUGGCAAAAACAAGAAAAAUGUUACCGAAGAGUUAUGAUGACUCUUCAUGCAGAGAGACUGAAGUAUCAGAAACGGAUGAAUUUGGUCAAUCCAAUCAGAUGGAAACUGAAGAAAUCAACACUAUGAUGGCAAAUCAUUCCAGCGAUGCAGAACCCCACCUGAUUGGUACAAACAGUUUAAAACAAUCAGAUGCCAUGUCUUUUGAGAAAGAUGACCUUUCGCAGGAUCCACACCUUGAUGAGUUGGCAGAUUCUGAUGCGGAUCCCGAUACUACCAGGGAAAAUGUUCCAUCAAGAAGGCGGCUAAGGAUGGUAAUUGAUUUUGAGGAUGACGAAUAG